AUGAUGAACGUCGACUGUCAAUCAAGUUCAUUUCUUUUUGACAAUCCAUCGCAGUAUUUACCGAAAAUGAAUUCAUCAACCAAUUUGAACGAUUAUUUGAAAAAUAAUAUCUCGCUUCAAACACUUUUAACACCUACUCAAGAUGACAAUGACAAUAAUGAUGAAGACGAUGAGGAAAUAUUAACUGCGACAAGUCCAACAACGAUGACAAGUUCAGAUAGUAGUGAUAGUGCAAUUGUUUCUGAUGAUAUCGAUGAUUUCGAUCUACUUAAUCACGAAAAUCAAGUAUUUUAUCGUAAUUCAUGGCCGAAAAUUCUGGAAAAAGCCGACUUAAAACUUCCGUUGACAUUGUCAACUCUUUCGCAUUCGUUCGAUAUCUUGAACGAAUUCGAACAGCAACCUAUUUAUGACAACUCGCCCGACACUGAUCUGCAACAAAAAUAUAAACGUCCACUACCUUGGUUAAGCUCAAGUUCGAAUAUAAAUAAUUCUCCGUUGGCUUCUUCGACAUCAACGCAUGAAUUAAUCUCGAAUAAGGACUAUGUAACACUGGUUCGUGAACUGUCACAACUACGCGAACAAUUAACGGAAAAAGAAGAUGAAGUCACCGAACUCAAAGCUGAACGGAACAAUACACGCCUACUUCUUGAACAUCUCGAACAACUUGUUGCUCGACAUGAAAGAUCAAUUCGAACAACAGUUAUGCGACGACAAGCGCAAGGUGUUUCAUCUGAAGUUGAAGUACUCAAAGCACUCAAAUCGCUUUUUGAACAUCAUAAAGCCCUAGAUGAAAAAGUUCGUGAACGACUCAAAGUUGAAAUUGAAAAAAAUACUCAACUUAAGGAUGAACUUGAACGAACCAAAAAUGAGCUUGCCGGUGUUCGUGAAACUCAACAAGCCAAAGUAAUUGAUGUUAAUCAAUUAAAAACGAUGUCCAAUGGUAUAAUCGAUCCAGACUCUUUAACUGGUAAAUUAAUCGAAAUGCAGGAACUGAUGGACAGUCAAUGUAAUGAAUUAAUCUCUUGUCGAGCACGUGUUCAUGAAUUAACAAAUCGAAAUAAGGAGUUAGAAGAACGUGCGUGUUUAUUUCAACGUGAUAUCGCACAUUCACAUGAACAGAUCAAUAAAUAUCAACGUGAUUUAAAAGAAUCUCAAGCACAAAAAGAAGAUCAAGAAGAGCGAAUAUCCACAUUGGAGAAACGCUAUUUAAAUAUUCAAAAAGAAACAACACAUCUCACAGAAUUCAAUAGUCGACUGGAAAAUGAAUUAGCAACAAAAGAAACGCAACUUAUACAUGCCGAAGAAAAAUAUCAAGCUCUUCAAGAGAAAUAUGAGUUAUUGGAACAAAAACUUCAAUCCCAAAAUGAUACUGAUCCCUCCAGUAAACAAAAUGGCAUUACAAUUGCAACUAAUCUCAAUGGUUCAUCGAUUUCCACGUACUCCAACAGUCCAAAUAACGAUGAUAAAUUACAUCAAUUACAGAACGAAUAUGAUGAUCUUAAAAUGGAGCUAACACGAGCUCGUCAACGUGAAAAAGUUACGGAUGAACACAAUACUCGUCUAUCAGCAACUGUUGAUAAAUUAUUAGCUGAGUCGAAUGAACGUUUGCAAGCACAUUUACACGAACGAAUGCAAACAUUGGAAGAAAAGAAUCAUCUUGUACAAGAGAGUGAAAAACUUAGAAAACAAUUAGAUGAAGUACAAACUGAACGAACAAAACUGAUAGAAGACGUCGAGAGACUCAAAGUCGAAUUGGAAAAUAUUCGAAAAGAACUACAGCGUACUCAACAACAACAACAACACCAACAGCAGCAGCAGCAACAACAACAACAGCAACCUACAAAAACUGAAUCUAUUCCAAUACCAACUCCUUCUUCAACGGAUUUCAUAACUAAUGCAACUGAUUCCUCUAACAGACGGUCACCAUUGUCACGUGUCGUUAAAAACGCACCUUUAGUACCCGAUCACAUCUUUAAACCAUCCGAAGCUGACUGGGACACGAUUGAUCAAGCACAAGUCAUCAAUGACGUUCGUCUAGCUUUUGAAUCAUCUGAUGUGGAAUUAACAACUGAUGAUGAGGAUUCUCUGUAUCAACAUCAUCAUCCGGUGACAAUAAAUAACGGAACAAUUCCUCAUGAAUCGACACAUAAUGAUGCUCAAACAUUAGCACUUGUUUUGCAAGAACAACUCGAUGCUAUUAAUAAUGAAAUUCGAAUGAUACAAGCAGAAAAAGUCGAUGCUGAACUGCGCGCUGAAGAAUUAGAGUCACGCGUUGUAGGAAAUUCUGUUUAUCACUUACCAGACGACGAUGAAGAAGAAGAUGAUGAUGAUGACAUGAAUCAUCAUCAUCGACUUCCAACAUCGGCAUUGUCGAAUGGAAAUAUCGGACAUUAUCAAUCUCAUUUAUCACAACGUUAUUUACGAAACUCACCACCAACUACUAUGAAUUCACAUAGCAACUAUGCUGGACGAUUGCCAUCAUCAGGGCCACACUCUGCAAAUGCAAAAUCAUAUAAAUUCAAUACGGCUCCACCUAGUAUGACAACUUCGCAUAUGUACUCAUAUAAUAUCGGUUCUGAUCCAACAAAUGUCAAUGAAUACGACCAUGCUCUACAUCAUCAAUCUCCACUUUCUUUUCGAAAUGACUACGGAACACCGACACGGUACUUAAAAUGUGAAUCCAGCCCGCCGAUAACUCCUCCACGAGUGACAACUAACGUUCGAACAGCAACACCACAUCACAAUUAUCAUUCUUCAUCAAGUAUUCAAAAUCAGUACCGAAUGAGCACCAACCCAUCGAGAACACAUCCACAGCAUGCUGACGAUAGUACAAGGCAUUAUUAUCCUAAUCCGUCCAUGGCUCAACCUACAUCUCUGUCGUCGAUCACUCAUCAAGACUCUCCAAGUCCGAUAAGCUCCCAAAAUUCCACGUCAGGCGAUGACAACAGCAUUUAUGCACGAAAUCAACAACAGCAAAAGAAGAAGGGUAUUCGGAAUUCCCUUGGCCGGUUAUUCACGCGAAAGCCUGGCUCAAUGGAUAAUAAGCCAAUGCAUGAAAGUAUCCAUCAACCAGUAUCAUCCUAUCAACAACAUUAUCCAUCACCGUACACUACACGAGCUUCAUCCGUGCCUGCAGAUAGUGCUGGGCAUAAUGACAUGAAUGAUUCUACUACCGGUACAUUGCUUAGUUUAGGAAAGACAGAAUUCGAUCGUCGAAUAAAGAAAAAACAAGAAUUACUUGAAGAUGCUAUUCAGAACAAUCAUCCAUUUCCAACGUGGGACGGAGCCACCGUGGUCGCUUGGCUUGAAUUAUGGGUCAAAAUGCCAGCAUGGUACGUUGCAGCAUGUCGUGCCAAUGUAAAAUCAGGUGCAAUUAUGUCCGAAUUAAAUGAAGAAGAAAUUCAACGUCAAAUUGGUAUUAGUAAUCCACUACACCGACUUAAACUUAGAUUAGCUAUACAAGAAAUAUUGAAUUUAACAUCACCAGACGGACCACGAACAUCCGUUACUUCAUUAGCAUUCGGAGAAAUGGAUCAUGAAUGGAUUGGAAAUGAAUGGUUGCCAAGUCUUGGCUUGCCGCAGUAUCGAUCCUAUUUCAUGGAAUGUCUUGUAGACGCACGUAUGCUUGAGCAUCUAAGUAAAAAAGAUUUAAGUAAACAAUUGAAAAUGGUUGACAGUUUCCAUCGAACAAGUUUUCAUUAUGGUAUCAUGGUACUAAAACGAGUUAAUUAUAAUAAGAAAGAACUCGAUCAAAGACGAGAGGAAUCCCUGAAUGAAAAUCAAGAUGUGCUGAUGUGGACCAAUGAACGAAUUAUUCAAUGGUUAUCAACUAUUAAUGGUUUGAAAGAAUAUGCAAAUAAUCUAACGGAAACUGGUAUUCAUGGCGGUUUAAUUGCACUGGAUGAGACAUUCGAUUAUAAUACAUUAGCAUUAGCAUUGCAAAUACCCAGUCAACAAGCUAUGACGCGUCAGAUUCUAGAACGAGAGUUUCGCCUACUACUUGCUAAUGGCACAGAUCGGAAGAUGGAUGAAAACGAUCAAACAAAAAUCAAACGUCAUCCAUCCCUAUUCUCUCGAAAACUUAAAUCGAAAAUAACUAAUGGUGAUACCGUACAUCCAAAUGGAAAUGAUUCGUCUCAUACAACAACAGUAGAUGAGAUCUAA